UGCAGCAGGCUCCAAACAAGCAGCAGGAUAAGACUUCCUCAUCAAAACACUGGGCCCUGGAAACAGGAGGAUGAAUGCAAGAUGGUGCACGUGUUGAAACUAAACUGGAAAGCUAUUCCUGGAUUUCAGCACUGGGGAAACCAAUCUAUGCACCAAAAAUGUCUAAAGCUGGAACCAAGAUUACUUUCUUUGAAGACAAAAACUUUCAAGGCCGCCACUAUGACAGCGAUUGCGACUGUGCAGAUUUCCACAUGUACUUGAGUCGCUGCAACUCCAUUAGAGUGGAAGGAGGCACCUGGGCUGUGUAUGAAAGGCCCAACUUUGCUGGGUACAUGUACAUCCUACCCCGGGGCGACUACUCUGAGUACCAGCACUGGAUGGGCCUCAAUGACCGUCUCAGCUCCUGCAGGGCUGUCCACCUGUCUAGUGGAGGCCAGUAUAAGAUUCAGAUCUUUGAGAAAGGGGAUUUUAAUGGUCAGAUGUAUGAAACCACUGAAGACUGCCCUUCCAUCAUGGAGCAGUUUCACAUGCGAGAGGUCCACUCCUGUAAGGUGCUGGAGGGCGCGUGGAUCUUCUACGAGCUGCCCAACUACCGUGGCAGGCAGUACCUCCUGGACAAGAAGGAGUACCGGAAGCCCAUCGACUGGGGCGCAGCUUCCCCAGCUGUCCAGUCUUUCCGCCGCAUUGUGGAGUGAUGAUACGGAUGCAGCCAUAAGCUUCUUCCUGGGGCCAAAUGCUGGCUGGCCUUGUCGUCCAAAUAAGCAUCAUAAAUAAAAACAAUUGGCAUGCAUUCCACUGUUUACUAUAAUGCCUCUCCUUAAACACUUGUAGGCACCAGUAAAGUAGUGCCCACCACAGCAGGCAGUUACACAAA